AUGCCCUCAGAGCUGAGUUCACACUCCCAAGCAGCUUCAUACGCACAGAGCGGUUAUGGCAACCGCAUGGGAUGGGGCACCAGGCCGGUAUUAGUCCUGAUCGAUGUGUGCAGGGCCUAUUGGACGCCGGACUCCCCACUGGAUUGCAGUGCACACGAGCCGACGACUAGAGUGCCCCAGGUGAUGCGCGGCUUGUUGGCGGCUGCACGAGCAUCGGAGACUCCCGUCAUCUGGACGGCGGUGGAGUAUACAGAUCCUAACAUGAAAGAUGCAGGUCUUUUCUGGCUCAAGUCUAAGACACUGGAUGUAUGGAAUGUGGAAGAUAAGCGCGGACUGAGCGACUGGGUCGAAGGGUUGGUGCCGGAGAAGGGCGAAUUGGUCAUCAAGAAGAAGUACGCAAGCGCUUUCUUUGGGACGUCAUUGGCUACGGAUCUCAGAGUCAUGGGCGCGGAUACUGUGGUGCUGUGCGGUGUCAGCACAAGUGGUUGUGUGAGGGCAAGCACACUAGAUACAAUGCAAAAUGGGUUUCGGCCAAUGGUGGUGGGUUCUGCUUGUGGCGACCGCAGCGACGAGAUACAGAAUGCUAACCUGUUCGACCUGAAUGCAAAAUACGCAGACGUUGUAAGCGAGAACGAAGCACUUGAGCACUUGAAGGCCGGAUGGCCAAAGUCUUCAUGA